AGAAUAGUGUAAGCAACUGGACGAGAAGAUCUUCCGGAUCAAAAUCGAGCACCUCUAGCAGAUCAGCCUUGUACCGUCAAUAUGCCUUUUUUGCGUGAGGUGUUAGGUCGUUUUGUCGCGUCCACGCGACUGCGGAUGCUGGCGGUUGUGGUACUGCUAGUCGGCUACGUCUGGCUUGCUGUCUUUCAUGCCUUUGACCGCAGUACGGAGAUCGAAGAGCAUGGUCUCAUACCUGGUUCGCAUCGUCCUGGCAUUGUGUUUGAACCCGAGACGAACUUUCAGGUGAAGAUAACAUCGAAUCUUGAUCCUGACGGAGGUGGCCGUGACGACGGAGAACUAGAUCUAGAAAAUAAUACCAAAGUAAAAAUUCGUCGAUUAGCUGCACGUGAGCGAACCCUACAGCUGCUGCUUCAGCAAGUUCAAACCAUGGAAGGUUUUGCUGCAGAUGUUGUAACUGAACAGGAAGGAACAGAAGUUUACGAGGUUGAUGUAAAAGAUUCGUCUCUACUUAAACGCUCUUUCACAACUUGCUAGUCAUACCUAGAGGGCUCUCCGCCUAAGUGGUGCUAGUCACCACUUACUAAGCGACACAUAUACGUAGCACUGGUCACCACUUAUGCGAGCUCGCCUAAGUGGUGACGGUCACCGCUUAAGCGAAUGCUGGAAGGGACUAAAGCAGUGACUCGCUUGAUUGGUGAUAGUCACUGACACCACCUAACUGGCCCGUAGUCCUCCUUACCAGUGGUGAAAUUCAUCACUUAAGCUGUCCCUAUAGAAUCACAGUGACAGACAGACAUGAAGUGUCGUAAAUCUCUAAAAAAGACUGGGAGUUUCGAUUGUGGCGCCUUCUCGACGUGGGGAUGGACGUGAGCGUAUAGCGUUUGUUGUCGAGAUGGACUUCGCUACAGCAGUGGAUGGAGAGUCUUCCAUCGCGAAUGUUACGAAGAGUUUGUAAUUGCUCUGCAGGAAACGACAACUUACCACUCCGACACUCUCUGGCAUUACUUGCUCCGAAUAUUCGUGAAAGCGCAACUUCUGCAGUAGACAUCACGACUCACUUGCUUGCUUGACCAUUUUCAUUUCCAGCAUUUUUCUAAAUCACCUGGCCUGAUUGCAAUGGGAGUCCAAAUGGCGAAGUACUUGAGUUCCGUGCAGUGGCUUGCAAGGGAUGUCGUCGUUGCUUUUUUAGAUACGAGUUUGCCGUAUGCUCCCGCAGCCCGAGCCUUUCUUCAAGGACAAGGACCACAGGGCUCGCGGAACGCCCUCUUACGACAAGCCGUCUUCUUGAAUCUAGAUGAAGCCAGGUUGGUGAAGCGAGGUCGUGAAGUUGAAGUUGUGUGCGACGAGUUGCAACUGGAUAUCGAAGGGGUGAAUGGAUUUUUACCGAACCAAGAUAUUCUCAACGCCUUCGUCCGCGAAGUUGACGUUGCUUAUCGGUAUAGUUAAGAAAGAAUGUAAGACAGAAGCCAGAGCUUCAGCGUUCAACAACAGGAACAACAGGAACAGUUGACCGACCACUAACAAUCCAACAACAAGCUAGACUGGCGGGUAGAUCUCGUCUGGGAAAUCUUAGGCAGCUCGCCGAAUAGAUUCAAAUCAUCAAGAAAGAAUGUAAGACGCAGCAGCCGCUAAUAAUGGUUCAAGAUAGGGAGACACUACAGACUGUAGAGACAAGAUUUUCACUGUGGUGUAGAAUACGGUACUCUACUUUCCAUACUAUUGAGUUGGAAAUAACCGGUGAAGCGGACGGAUGUUAUACUCUGCCUUUCUAAUGUCGGUACUACGCUAGCGCGGAGGGCCCUUUCCGUUUGCGAUCGGUGUGGGAAAGUCUAGCACAUAUGUUAUGAUCUUGUGAUCUUGAGUUUUUACGGCAGAAUAUAAUCCUCCUAAGCAUUCUAUUUUACUCCAUAAUCUAUUUUUACUCCAUAAUCAGACACAGACUAGAACUUGGAGGCUUUCUCAACAGCCCGAUUAAGACUCCAUAAUCUAUUUUUACUCCAUAAUCAGACACAGACUAGAACUUGGAGGCUUUCUCAACAGCCCGAUUAAGUACUGAGCCUAACCUUUAAUUCUGGGGCUACAAAACGGCGGCGUGCAUUCUGGUCAUUCUGUUUUUCUGGAACAUCAGAUACCAGCUUUCACAGUCCGUGCCAAGGGAGCAACAAAAGAGACAAAUAAUGAAGUUUCGUCGAGCCGUCCACAGCAUGUUCUUUUCGCAGGGACCGUGCAUAAUGACCAGCAAAAAGUGGCGACCUUGUCAGUAGUUCCCGCACCAUUGACGCGUCUAGUAGGUGCCGCCCUAGAGGGCCUGCUGCGGGAUUACAGCAAUGUCCUGCAGCAAUUGCAUCACUCCUUCAAUACGUAUGUGAUGACCAGUUUACGAAGCCAUGUGAGUAGUGGGCUCUAUUAUUACCCAGUCUGUGCCAUCCAAGCAGGUAUGGUACUGCUCAUUCUCGUGAUUCCAGAAGGAAAUCCUUUUCGACGGGACUUUCGUGGCACUAUUCAGGGUAUUCUUUAUGACGUUUGAAAGUGUGCUCAAACUCAUGUUCAAAGAAUUAGCUAGCUUUUCUCAAGUGGGAAAAUAUCUAGAAUUUAAUCGAGUAUGAGUACACUCUGUCUUGUCAGAUUCUUGCGCUUGUGGUCAUUGUCGUGUCCAGUGGAGUGCCGUUAUUUUUAUUCGGAAAGAUGUACUGCAAUACGCAGCUUCCAACUUGCGCAUUACCUACUCCGGAAGAACAACAAGGUGGAGAACAACGAACGAGCAGCAGCAGCUUUGAUGCUAUUUCAUCAUAUCAGCAGUCCUCCCCUGUCAUCGCAGCAAUAGUAUAUCUGUCAUUGAUGUUUUUUGCGCGGCGCGUGCUGCUGAAUGUGACAUCAAGAAAGGGACCCUUGACUCUGGGCUCGACGCAGGAGAGAGAACAAAGAAUAAACUUUGGGUAUGAGCUCCAGUGCGCUGCGGUCUUCGUAUUCACGCUUGUUUUGGCUGCUCUGACGGUAUUCCACUACGCUCUUGGCGUCUUUGCCACGACGGUCAUAGUACCCCAAUUGAUCCUAGUGGUGCCCUACCGGCAAUUGUACUUCUAUUUAAGGACAGGACUUCUAUAUUAUUUAUCAAUUUCAAGUGGAACCACUACUCUUGUGGCCAGCGUCAGAGAUCAUAUAAAGACGACUGAAAAUAAAGGAUGCAACUUCUGAGCAGCAACAGAUUAAAGUUCUAAACACAAAGCCAUCUUCAAAAGACCGGGAAGAUACAACAAAGAGCAUAGCAGACGGCAAAGACGACAUAGCCACGACAACAUAUGUGCUCCGCUACAGAUAUUUGGUCAGCAUUGCCACUGUUUUUACCUUUCUCGGUGGCCACAUUUUCCUCGUUGCCACCCCACAAAGUUUCCGGCAGAACUCUGUGGCUCCUUUGUUCCGCGACGUCCUUAAGACCACUUCACAAAAAUUGUAUUGGGACAACGUAGAAGAUAGCGCAUUUCAGCUUUCCAACAAGAACGCUGUUCGUCCGAGCAAUAACAAGGCUUCGAUGCAGUUUUUUCCGAACGACCUGGUGCUGUUCUUAAGGCUGGAUCGGUUCUUGCAUGCUUUGGUUCCUUUUCAGCGAGCAUCAGUAUCUUCAAAAGGACUUAAUACAAAAAAAGAGAGGUUUCAAGUACCAAGAGGACUUAGAGGUACAAAAUGUUUCAAGCAGCAAGAGGGCUUCGUACAAAAAGUGGCAAACGGACAAAUACCAGAUCCACAGUUCUACCAAGAAAGGGCACGAGGAAUAUGGUUAUUUCUUGUUGUCAUUUCUGCGGCACUUCUAAUCUUUUUGGAGGAGCAUUUGGUGAAUCUAGUAGGCUUAGACGUGCCAAAGACGUUUCUGAAACUCCUCUCUGAUUACGAGCACAAAGGGGGCUUGGCAUUUCCGGUUCUCUGCUUUGUGUACUUAAGAUGGCAUCAAAUGCUUCUGAGUCAGGAGUAUUCUGAGGUCAGUGUGCUCAAUGAUUUUCCAUUUCUUGAGUGGACAUAAGUCUUGAUAGACAGUUGGUUCGUGGGCUUCCAUCUUUAUUUCGUGAUCAAACUAUACUAGAAUGUGCCGUUUUCUCUUGUUCACUCUAAUCUAUGUCUGGUUUCAUUUUCUUCACCGAUCACUGUAGUCUAUGUCUGGUUUCAUUUUCUUCUCUUGUCUAUUCUAAUCUAUGUGCCGUUUUUGUUCGCCUUGCUUUUCAUCGCUACGGAUCCUAUGGAAGAAGAGGUCGUGUCAGAAAAUGCAAUGGAAGAUCCCAAAGCAAAAACGCAAAAGCCAUCGUCGACGUCGACCCUUUUGCGUGUACACUUAAGAAGCUGUCGUAUUAGUUGAUUUUUUUUUUGAGUUAUAUCUUCUGAAUCAUGUCGUGAUGUUUUAUCAGAGUCUAGGCACUGAGACUAUGACUCAUUUCAAGUUCGACAUUCUUAGAAAUUGAUUGAAUUCGAUAUCAUGGAUGUCUAAUUCCUAAUAGAAAUCGAAUUCAUCGACAUUUUCACAAUCUAAUCCAGUUAGUCGAUGGAGGAAGAUGCGAGUCUGGUGGAGGAGAUGAGGGGUUGGUCAAAGCGCUUGAGGAUGCAGCUGAGGUGAUGUUAAGACUUCACUUUUACAUCAUUUAUUCGUCAAGCAAACGAAACAGAAACAGUUUCUGUUUCGCCUGAAAGAGAAACUGUUGCUGCCUCGCUUACUUCAAAUUUCUGAUACCUUCGCUGACGUAACUAGUAGCAGAAACUGCACCAGAAACCUCUACUGAGAUAGAAACUUCAGGCAUUAAGCAUACUAUAGACUACCAGAAAUAGAAGCCUCUAAGACUGCCAAACUACUUCGACGCGGUUGCUGUCGACGACGACACGGGGAGUGGCUCUUUAAGGCUCGAAGUGCGUAGUAUGAUUAGAAGAUUGAUGGACUUCGGCCUUUCAGGUUUUAGUGGAGAUUGAUUUGCUUAGUACGAUUAGAGAGGUAAACGCAAAUAUAAUUAACAAGGGAGGUCGACAGCUACAGAAAAACUACACUCGGAUGUAUAUGCAACUGUGCCUUCGUAUAUAUGUGCCACUAACUACUGUUCCUUCGUAUAUUUCUCCUCUGCCUACAAGGGAACUUUUCUGGUGUGUUUCUGUUUUGUGAUCGGAUUGUUGUCUAAGAAAAACACGAUCAAACAGCAAAAGGCCGCAGAUGGCGUCGGCCUCCUCGCUAGCAAGUCGGGCGCAGUUGUUGUCAGGAGACUUGGUCCUUGUGUUAUGCUCGUCAAUCGACAGAAGCUCGUUGACCUAUAAUAUGAAGAUCUAGCCGGUGGGUGUCCCUGGUAUUCUCAAAAAAAAUAUCUCCCUCUUGUUCUCAUUCAUUGUGAAUGCUCGCUAAUCAUAGUCGAAGAGAUGAUAUCGAAGAGCGAAAACAGCGUGGAAGAGUUCUUCACAACGGAGGUUAUGGCACGUUUCUGAGACGUGAUACUGAAGCAAUCACAAUUUGACUUCAGUGUCAGAAUCAUCUUAAGUCCUCAACAAUCAAGUUGCACCUGGGUUAUUGCGGCCUGUCCGGUACCAGUAGAUGUAUGAACGACAUUGGAGAAUGAAUCUCGGUAUGCUGGCUUGUUGUCGUGUGGCUUUUACUUGGGUGGUUUCCUCGAUACUUGUUACCACUCUAAUGAGAAGAUGCGGGCUGGCCUGGUGCUCUUUCUGGUCCUUUUAUGAACGAUUGUAGAUAGAACAGUCCCCAUGAUGAUGAUUGUCGUUGAUCAGACGCCACGCAGCGUUAGUAAAAACUUGAAAGCACAUGAAGAUACGCUCUUUAUUAACACAAGCUCUUCCUGACAAUGACAUCACGCGGCUCUCCAUGAGCGAUUGAUACUCACUCAUCCUUCUUGUGUUGUUUAAGCUGUUCCUGACAAUGACAUCACGCGGCUCUCCAUGAGCGAUUGAUACUCAUCCUUCUUGUGUUGUACAGCUAGAGGACAUGAUCUUUUGUUCCUUGUAUCCUCCUUGUACAGCUAGAGGACAUGAUCUUUUGUUCCUUGUGGAACUCAAGCAAUUAUUAUAAGCAAAUAUUAUGGCGCUAAGUCAACUAAGAACUGCACAAAAACGGUCUCUAUUGUCGCCUCCUCGUCCUGGAAGUGCUCCGCUUAGCGACUUUGGUAACUUGUUUUCUCUUGGUUUUUCUGUCGUUUGGUUUCGUUUCAUGUGAGUCCCCGCGCCCCUCCAGAGUCCACCGCACCAGCCUGCAAAUGUAUGCUGGGGGAUUCUGGAGGGGCGCGGGGAUUUGGAGGGCGCCCGAGGUUCUUGGCUCGCAAUUGGGUGAGGGUUUUCCAGAAGGGAGCGCAGUAGGCGGCGAGUGUUCUGCGGAUUCGUAUCAUGCCCGAGAAGAUUGAAUUUUGUCCGGAUUUUUGCAGUCCUUAGUUGAAUUUUCUCCAUUCUAACUCCACUUGUCUGUGGUCGAAUUUUUCGCCAUAAUCGGAAAGGUUUGAGACACUCCGCCCGAGGUUCUUCGUUCUUGGGUCUUUUCAUGUUGUUAAGUGUUGGACUUUUGACCACCCGGCGCCCCGAAGCUCUCGCGCCGGGUGGGAUUAGUUACAAAGAGAAGCGACGCGCUGCCGCCUUCAAAUGGUCAGACCACUCACGCGCGCCGCCGUUUGUGCGCAGAUUGUCGGGGGGGUUUGCUGGCGUUGUUCGCACUCUUUUGAAGUAUUUCAGCGGGGAAGUUUGCGGGGGUUUCGCCAGAAUUGAAUAAACCUCUCUAUUGUUUGCCGCUUUCCUGCUCGCUAGGCCAUUUUUGAUGAAAAAAGUGAAAAGAUGUCUUCAGAUUUUUUUCCAAAAAUGGCCUUGCGAGCAGGAAAGCGGCAAACAAUAGAGAGGUUUAUUCAAUUUCGUGGCAUUUCUCAAGAAGGGCUGGACCGGUUGCCGCUUGAGUUCCAAAGGGCUCGCGCCUCCUCUUUUUGUUAGGUUUCGAUGGUGUGGCGUGCUCGCUGUGCCUCUGGUGCUUCCGCAGGUGGCUGAUUAGAAUGGCGCUAAGUCAACUAAGAACUGCACAAAAACGGUCACUAUUGUCGCCUCCUCGUCCUGGAAGUGCUCCGCUUAGCGGCUUUUGCAACUUGCUUCCUCUUGGUUUUUCUGUCUUUUGGUUUCGUUUCAUGUGAUUCCCCGCGCCCCUCCAGAGUCCACCGCACCAGCCUGCAAAUGUAUGCUGGGGGAUUCUGGAGGGGCGCGGGGAUUUGGAGGGCGCCCGAGGUUCUUGGCUCGCAAUUGGGUGAGGGUUUUCCAGAAGGGAGCGCAGUAGGCGGCGAGUGUUCUGCGGAUUCGUAUCAUGCCCGAGAAGAUUGAAUUUUGUCCGGAUUUUUGCAGUCCUUAGUUGAAUUUUCUCCAUUCUAACUCCACUUGUCUGUGGUCGAAUUUUUCGCCAUAAUCGGAAAGGUUUGAGACACUCCGCCCGAGGUUCUUCGUUCUUGGGUCUUUUCAUGUUGUUAAGUGUUGGACUUUUGACCACCCGGCGCCCCGAAGCUCUCGCGCCGGGUGGGAUUAGUUACAAAGAGAAGCGACGCGCUGCCGCCUUCAAAUGGUCAGACCACUCACGCGCGCCGCCGUUUGUGCGCAGAUUGUCGGGGGGGUUUGCUGGCGUUGUUCGCACUCUUUUGAAGUAUUUCAGCGGGGAAGUUUGCGGGGGUUUCGCCAGAAUUGAAUAAACCUCUCUAUUGUUUGCCGCUUUCCUGCUCGCUAGGCCAUUUUUGAUGAAAAAAGUGAAAAGAUGUCUUCAGAUUUUUUUCCAAAAAUGGCCUUGCGAGCAGGAAAGCGGCAAACAAUAGAGAGGUUUAUUCAAUUUCGUGGCAUUUCUCAAGAAGGGCUGGACCGGUUGCCGCUUGAGUUCCAAAGGGCUCGCGCCUCCUCUUUUUGUUAAGUUUCGAUGGUGUGGCGUGCUCGCUGUGCCUCUGGUGCUUCCGCAGAUGGCUGAUUAGAAUGGCGCUAAGUCAACUAAGAACUGCACAAAAACGGUCACUAUUGUCGCCUCCUCGUCCUGGAAGUGCUCCGCUUAGCGGCUUUUGCAACUUGCUUCCUCUUGGUUUUUCUGUCUUUUGGUUUCGUUUCAUGUGAUUCCCCGCGCCCCUCCAGAGUCCACCGCACCAGCCUGCAAAUGUAUGCUGGGGGAUUCUGGAGGGGCGCGGGGAUUUGGAGGGCGCCCGAGGUUCUUGGCUCGCAAUUGGGUGAGGGUUUUCCAGAAGGGAGCGCAGUAGGCGGCGAGUGUUCUGCGGAUUCGUAUCAUGCCCGAGAAGAUUGAACUUUGUCCGGAUUUUUGCAGUCCUUAGUUGAAUUUUCUCCUAUAUAUAUGUAAGGCUCUUCAUUAUUGAAUACGCUCUUCAGAACAGCACACCGAUACUUAAAUAUCCUCUAAGAUAUCUCCUUGGUUGUUUCGUGGGAGGCUCGGUGUGGAAGCACACGUCGUCAAGUGGAAGUGCGGAUUGGGCUCAAAUGUUUCCAAUUCUAAAGAAGACUGGUUUUUUUGAUGAACUCUGAGCCUCUAGAAGCCUCUCUGGGUCUCUAUUUCCCAUCCAAGACCCAUGCCUAUCAGUAUCAUGUUCUGAAAUUGGAGUACUACUGCGACAAAAGAUAUAGAACCGUAUCAUGUUCUGAAAUUGAUACCUCUGUGGAAGGUGUUUGUGGAGAAUGCCAACCAAAAAAAUACCAAAAGAACAUGAAGACCGCUAUAUGCGAUACUAUUCAAAUAUGAAACUGCUUUGAAGACAAGUGUAGGGGCACAUAUUCAAACAUGAUGGAUACGAAGAAUCUUCGGAUGAAAAACUUUUUGUGGGAAAGGGUUGACCACUCACUGGGUGAAAGGUUACUCUACUGAUUCAGGAAGAGCAAGUAAGGG